GACAGAAGGUAAUAGGAAUCCGGUAAAUAAAGAUUUGUUAAGCAUUUCGUUAAAUUUUACUUUUAGGAUUCAAACAUUCUAAAACCAUAAAAAUGGGUAGACGUUCUAUAAACACCACGAAAAGUGGGAAAUACAUGAAUCCGACAGAUCAAGCACGUAAGGAGGCUCGUAAAAAGGAACUGAAGAAAAAUAAACGACAAAGACAAAUGGUCCGCGCUGCUGUUCUCAAAAAUAAGGAUCCUGGUCAAAUAUUGGAAGAAAUGGAGAAAAUCGAUGAAAUGGAAUACAAUGUGCUACAACCAUCACCUUUAAAUGAAAAGGUUCUUCGGGAUAAAAGGAAGAAACUGAAAGAGACUUUUGACCGAGUGAUGCGUCUUUAUCAUAAUGAUGAACCCGAACACUGGGCAGAAUUAAAACGUAAGGAAGUGGAAUACGAGAAAAAACGCCUUAAAAAGCAACAAUAUUACGAAAGUGUGAAACAUGCACAAAGCGUACAAAUUGAUGAAAUUCCUUUGCCCUCAUCCACACAGGGACCGGCUACUACUGGUUCAACCAAUGCUAUAGCCUUCCAUGUAGCAAAUAGAUUACCUCCACCGCCAACGGCGUUAUCACUGCCCCCAUUCGCACCAGGUGCACCACCAAGCGCAAUAAAAAAACCCAGUGAAUCGAUUAUAAAAACAUCGGACAAAUCUAAUGACACUAAGAGGAAAGAGCUUUUGGGUGUUCCACCUGGACCUCCGCCCAAUCUCCUCGAAUUGAAAGAUUUAGACACUGAUAACGAAGAUGAUGAAGUUGUGAUCAAAGAAUAUAAUCCAAAAUUAAAAAGCGGCAAGUCAAAGUCAAUAAGUAAACCUAAUUCGUUGCAACAACGAAUGUUGGCAAUUUCUGGUCAAAAUAUUGAUGAAUUUAUGAAGGAAAUGGAAAACGUGCAUAAGAAGAAAGAAAAGGCGCGUGAGGCUGCUAUACGUGGAGAUGAAGUAUCUACUUCUGAUGAAGAAGCCAACCUCAAAAUAUCUCGCAAAUCUGAUGAUGAAGAUGGUACACCAGUAAGCAGCCGUAGUUCAGAAGAUUCAGAUAGCGGUGAUGGAAGUGAAGAUGCUAAUCGUUCUCCUAAAAGAAAACGAAAGGAAAUAAUUAGUCCACAACAUGAAUCUACUUCUGCCACAACUAUUCCUGGACCUGCGGCAGUGCCUGUUACUAUACCUUUGCCACCAGUGCCGCCUCAUGCAGGUCCACAUCUCGCCAUACCCGCUCCACCCAUGCCACCAGUAACUGGUUUGGCACCUUCUAUGAUUUUACGACCACCACCUUUACGCCCACCUGGAGCCUUACACGGCUUUGGUAUUCGAAUGCCACCAGGUCCACCACCAGGACCACGACCGCAUGGCAUGGGAGGCAUGCCACCAAGAAUGGGAAUACGAAUGCCACCCGGCCCACCACCUGGUAUGCCGCCUCGAAUGGCACAUCAUCAUAAACAACAACAAAUGCACAAAGACCAAAGUAAAGGUGUAACUACAAUAACGGCAAAGCCACAGAUUAGGAAUCUAAGUGCAGAUGUUACUCGCUUUGUUCCAUCCACGUUACGCGUAAAACGCGAGGAGACUCGAAAACCAGGUAGUCGAGCCAAGCUGGUUCAAGAACCAAGCAAUCAAACCGCAGAAGCUAAUAAAGCAGCCACAAAGGACGAUGCAUAUAUGCAAUUUAUGAAUGAAAUGCAAGGAUUACUUUAAUGCUCAGAUUAUGCAUUAUAACACUAUAACUUAUAUAUUAACCUAAAUUAAACAAAUAAUUUAUAGUCAAUAAAUAAUAAAGUCCCCUUGUAAAUGAAGAAUAA